AUGCAGUAUGUUCGGAGUCUGGGAAGCGGUGUCUCUAAGACAUGGAACUCCAUCAAUCCGGCAACUUUGUCCGGAGCCAUCGAUGUUAUUGUGAUUGAACAGCCCGAUGGUUCUCUGGCCUGUUCCCCUUUCCAUGUCCGCUUUGGCAAGUUUUCUUUACUGCGGCCUUCGGACAAGAAGGUCGAAUUCAAAGUGAAUGGAGUCGCCCAACCGUACGCCAUGAAACUCGGGGAUGGAGGUGAAGCCUUCUUUGUCUUUGAGACCUCGAGUGAAAUUCCCGAAGGGUUACAGACGUCUCCUUUAAUAUCUCCCGCCAGCAGUCCACCUAUAAAUGCUUCAGACAGACCUCCUUCUCCUGGUCUUUCCGAACCCUCCUACUUGGACAUCACAGAGGUUGCAAAGGGUCGCGACACCCCGCCAAUCUCAAGUUCAGCUCCUAUUCCUGUACUAAGGCGAGAGGGGACGAACAUGAGCGAAGAAAUUGAUCUUGGUACCAUACACACAGAUCCAACUGGAACGCCUCUAUCCGAUACGACUAUCACCGCUCCUGCUUCCCUUGGGCGUGCAGCCUCCGAAGAAGUCCUUCCCAUCGCUACUCGACAGGAAUUGGAUUCAGUUAGUGAGGCUUUUCACAACAACGGCAUCCCUCCUUCUCCCAAGUUUGGGCUGGAUGGGACCACUACUCCCAAAGCCUCCGCAAGUCCUCCCGCCCUGAGACCGAAACAAGCCUAUGACCGAGCAUUGACCCUCUCCAAGAAACUCUCUUCUUCCAAUAUCCGAUCCCAAGUCACCGAGUCUGGAGAUCUUAUGCUUGACAUGACAGGCUACAAGACAAGUGAACCUGAAGCUUUGCGAGCAGAAGCCGUGGCCCGGAAAAUCCUCUCGGAAGAAUUGGAGGGCAACUACGACAUUGGGUCUUUGAUUGGAACCGACGAGCACGGGAAUUUGUGGAUAUAUAGCAGCGAAGAAGCCCGAGAUGCGGCCGCUCGAAAAUGGGCAUCUCAGAGUCUUGAGUCAGCUACCUCGCUUUCAUCGGACAACAUCUCUGAUCCCGGCUAUCACAGCGACAGCGACCGCAGCGCGUCGCCACAGCUUACAGCGAAAAUCUCUGGACAUCAGAGGGCACAGUCCGAAGAAAUCCAGUCGUCUCGCACGUCAGGGGAACAGGCUCGAAACUUUGCGAAAACGCUCCGGCUGACAAGCGAUCAAUUGAAAUCAUUGAAUCUAAAACGGGGCGAAAAUCAAAUGUCAUUCACCGUUAAUCGCGCUACAUGUAUAGCUUACAUGUUUUACUGGACCUGUGAUGUCCCGAUUGUUAUAUCAGAUAUUGACGGCACGAUCACCAAAUCAGAUGCAUUGGGUCAUCUGCUAAAUAUGGUCGGACGUGACUGGACGCACGUUGGUGUGGCGAAAUUGUACUCGGAUAUUGUCGCCAAUGGCUACAACAUGUUCUACUUGACGAGUCGGUCUGUUGGACAAGCCGACACAACCCGAACCUAUCUCAACGGUAUCGUACAAGAUGGCUGGAAACUUCCUCGCGGCCCGGUUAUCAUGAGCCCUGAUCGUACGAUUGCGGCAUUACGGCGAGAAAUCUACUUGCGGAAGCCCGAAGUUUUCAAAAUGGCCUGUCUCCGAGACAUCCUCAACUUGUUCCCCGGCAAGACCAACCCGUUCUAUGCUGGGUUUGGCAAUCGUUUCACGGAUGCACUGAGUUAUCGCAGUGUCAACAUCCCUUCGACUCGAAUCUUCACGAUCAACACCAAUGCAGAAGUGUCACUCGAUUUGUUGACACUCAACAAAUACCGGAGCAGCUAUGUGUCGAUGCGAGAGCUGGUUGACCAUUUCUUCCCGCCCGUGUCGACUCUGGUUAGAGAAGGAGGAGAAGACUAUACCGAUUUUACCUACUGGCGAGAUACGCCGCAGGACCUGGAUGACUUUCAACCGACAGAUUCAGAAGAGGAGGACGAAGAGGAUGAAGACUUGGAUGACGAGGAAGACGAGGCAGAGGUGGCGUCCGACAACGAGAUGGGCGACAGUUUCAUGUCGAGGGAGAGCAUGGACGACUCUGCGCUGAGCGAGUCGAUCCGAGAAUCUAUCGAAAUGGACGACGCAGCGGAGAUGCUCGAGGCCGCAAGGCUCGGCACAAGAGGCCGACGAGACGAAGACUUUACUGAUGACUAUCUGGAGGACAUUCCCCAUCGGUCGACGAGACAAAAUACUAUCUAG